AUGGCAGGCAAUCUUCUGAGAAUUAAGUUCUUGAUUUGUAUCGUUGGUUUGCUGACAGUCGAUGUGGUCAAGUCGUUGAACGGAACGGACUCUUUGAACGGAACGGAAUCUUUGAACGGAACGGACUCUUAUAAAAAAUGCAAUGUAUACACGGAGAGACUUGGAUGUUACAAAGAUUCUGUUUUACCCUCCCGUCCCCUACCUGAGUUAGUUUUCACCGACCGUGAUUCCACAAGUCCUGCUUAUACUGGAGGCUUCAUAGAUUUAAAGAACUGGAAUCUAUAUAUGGAAGACUUGCGAUGCCGCUGUGCAGAAGAAUCAAGGGCGAAAGGGUAUAAAGUGUUUGGCUUGCAGUUCUACGGCGAAUGCUGGUCUGGUCCUAAAGCUAAUGAAACAUAUUUUCAGAAUGGAGAAUCGGACCAAUGCGUCACUCAUGACUUGGCUCACUGCACCGCAGCCGAGGAGGACUGCGUCGGAAGAGAUUAUACCAACUUUAUAUACGAAAUACAUGAAACUCCGGUGAUAAACCACACACAUAACGUAUCACAACACGUUAACAUGACUCACACCCUAGCGAAAAACAUUACCCUUGCCCACCACAACCACACUCUCAACAUAACCACAACACCAAAACCACCAGUAAUACCAACAAACCCACCGACAAACCCACAGCCUAGAGAAGUGCCUGGUUACGUGCCUCCACCUGGCUGCCAACCAAGUAAGUAUCAUAUAGAAACUAUAGGUUAUAUCAAAUAG